GCCGAGGAGCAGACGGUACUUUCAGUGGAAGUUUGAGAGAGAGACACCAACCAAAGGCAUCUACAGCCAGCCAGUUCCACAGCUCUGCUACUACUACAGUACUACUCCUCUUCCUCCAGCAACCAUGACAGAGAGACGCAUCCCCUUCAGCCUGCUCCGCACCCCCAGCUGGGACCCCUACAGGGACUGGUACCAGGGCAGCCGACUCUUCGACCAGUCCUUCGGUAUGCCUGCCCUCGCAGAGGAGUUACCCACCUUCCCCAGCACCCACUGGCCCGGCUACAUGCGUCCCGCCCUCGGCCACGACCUGUCCGCUGCCGGCUUCAUGCCCUCCAUGAUGCCCCACCAGCAGAGUGCCAUGAUGCAGGCUGCCAUGAUGCCCCAAGCCCCAAUGAUGGCCCAAGCCCCAAUGAUGGCCCAGGCUGGGGCAGCAUCGUACGCCCGCGCCCUCUCCCGCCAGCUCAGCUCUGGCAUGUCUGAGAUCAAGCAGACCCAGGAGGCCUGGAAGGUCACUCUGGACGUCAACCACUUCUCCCCUGAAGAGCUGGUGGUCAAGACCAAGGACGGCGUGGUAGAGAUCACUGGCAAGCAUGAGGAAAGGAAGGAUGAGCAUGGAUUUGUGUCCAGAUGCUUCACUAGGAAAUAUACACUGCCCCCUAUGGCCGACGCUGAGAAGGUGACGUCCACCUUGUCUCCUGAGGGAGUGCUGACCGUGGAGACUCCUCUGAACAGGCAGGCCAUCAAGGCUGCAGAGAUCUCCAUCCCCGUCACCAUGGGCAGCAGCAAGACCAAGCCCUACGACAUGACGAAGGGAAGUGGCAAUGGGCACCAUCGCGAUGAGCGUCAUGAGGAGGAGGAAGAGGAGUGAAGAAACUCCACACACAAACCUACACACACUCACACGAACACACACACAGUAGACACAGAUGAGAUGGUUAGACAGACAGAGGGAGGGUAGGCCAAACUGUGAUAAUUGCACACCUACCGUAUAGUUAAAGGAAUGUCUCGAUAACGUUAUACGUUUCACGUGUGCUCACACUAACGCCACAUGCCUGCUCUAUCUCACACUGCGGUAAUUACUAUCUGCAUUUGAAUCACGCAACAACAACGACAACAGCCAGUUACACCCACACCCUCCUCAUUCCUAUUUGCUAGGCACUGAACGCUAUUAGAUUUGCAAACAGUGACCGCAGCCCUGCUGUUGUCUGUCUGUCUGUCUGUCUGUCUCUCUCUUUCACUCUCUUUCUCUCUGUUUAGAGACAGUAACACAGCCAAGAAGAGCCAGGACACCAGUGAUACUGUAGCCUGGUCCCAGAUCAUUUUGUUGACAAUGACCUUAGGAGUUGGAAAGACUGCACAAACUGAUCUGGACUAGGCUAGUGAUACACACAGAACACCAAAGAACCAAUGGGCCAGCACAUGGGCCUCUGACUAUUCCACCCAUAGAAAUAGAAUGACAUUCUAUUCAUUCUUUUGCUAUGAUGUCACCAUCCUCUGACUGUUACUCGACAGUCACUGCUGUUAAAUAUGGUCUAAAAGACUGGUCUGUACUGUAGUUGCAUUUGGAAAUCUCUACCCACGUAUAACGGUGAAUAAAGAAAAAUCCUAAUA